CUCCUCAAGUCUAUGUAAAGGAGGAGACUUUUGAUACGUAUAAGUCAAAAAACUGUUUUUUGUCUUUGGGAUAAUGGCUAAUGAGUUAUGGUGUUUGCAGGAAGAAGAGAAUCAAUGGCCUCUAUGGCUGAAACCUUUACUAAACGAACGCUUCUUUGUUCAAUGCAAGUCUCAUGUACACUCACCGAAAAGCGAAUGCAAUAUGUAUUGCUUAGACUGUACCAAAAACUCGCUUUGUUCUCUCUGUCUUAAUGACCACAAGAACCAUCGUACCAUUCAGAUAAGGAUAUCAUCUUAUCAUCAUGUGAUAAGGGUCAAUGAGAUACAGAAGUACUUAGACAUAUCAAGCAUUCAGACAUAUGUGAUCAAUGGCGCAAAGGUUUUGUUCUUGAAGGAGAGGCCUCAGUCUAGGCCUGGUAAAGGGGUUACUAAUACCUGCAAGGUCUGUUAUCGUGGCCUUGUCGAAAACUGCUUCCGCUUCUGCUCUAUUGGCUGCAAGGUUGCAGGAACAUCUGGAAGCUUUGAGAAGAGAGUUAAGCAUACACAGAAUGAAUCAGACAAUUCAUGCAACAGUUCUGGAGUGGAGAAUAACAGUUCAGGAGCAGAGAAUGACAAUUCAAAUCUGCAGAGUCUCAGCCCACCAACACCUCAAUUUCCUCCUGGUUCUCUGCGAAAGCGACAUAGAAAGGGAAUUCCUUACCGAUCUCCACUGAGUUGAGAUUGAAUCAAGAAGAAGAAGAAGAAGCUUGUGUUACGUUUUCAGUUUUCCUUAAUAUACGAGACACCAAAAG